UUGGGUCCUUGGUGCGGGGCAGUCUGAGGGAGGGCACUCGCGGCGGGGUCCUGACAGCGGUGCAGAAGAACGAAAGCCGGGCGGCGGCAGGAGCGGCGUCCGCAGAGACUUUGACUUUCACUGAGACAGACAGAAUGUUUCAAAAUAACAAAAAAGGAAAAGGGCCCGAAGCAAAAGUUUGGGCACCCUGCAUGGGCACGCCAGUGAAAGAUGUGAUUCUCAAACCAGAUGCUCCCACAAUUCUGUUACUCGAGAAACAUUCCGAUUAUAUUGCCUCAUAUGGAUCAAAGAAGGAUGAUUACGAAUACUGUAUGUCUGAGUACCUGCGAAUGAGUGGGAUCUACUGGGGUCUGACAGUUAUGGACCUCAUGGGCCAACUGCACCGGAUGAACAAAGAAGAAAUUCUGCAGUUCGUUAAGUCAUGUCAACAUGACUGUGGUGGAGUUGGAGCCAGUAUAGGUCAUGAUCCUCACCUUCUUUAUACCCUGAGUGCUGUGCAGAUCCUUUCCCUGUAUGAUAGUCUACAUGUUAUUGAUGUUGAUAAAGUGGUUGAAUAUGUUCAAGGCCUGCAACAAGAAGAUGGUUCUUUCGCUGGUGAUAAAUGGGGUGAAAUUGACACCAGAUUCUCCUUCUGUGCUGUAGCAACGCUCGCUCUUCUGGGAAGACUCGAUGCCAUUAAUCUAAAUUCAGCAGCAGAGUUUGUCUUAUCCUGCAUGAACUUUGAUGGAGGAUUUGGAUGCAGACCAGGUUCCGAAUCUCAUGCGGGACAGAUCUAUUGCUGCACAGGAUUUCUUGCUAUCACGGGCCAGUUGCACCACGUCAACGCUGAUCUACUUGGCUGGUGGCUCUGUGAGCGGCAGUUACCCUCCGGAGGCCUUAACGGACGACCUGAGAAGUUGCCUGAUGUUUGUUACUCUUGGUGGGUUCUGGCUUCUCUGAAGAUCAUCGGCCGAUUGCAUUGGAUCGACAAGGAAAAGCUGUCCACGUUUAUCCUGGCUUGUCAGGAUGAGGAGACUGGGGGGUUUGCAGACCGGCCUGGAGAUGUGGUUGAUCCUUUCCACACUCUGUUUGGUGUGGCCGGCCUUUCUCUUAUGGGUGAGCAGCAGGUGAAGACAGUGAACCCGGUGUUCUGCAUGCCCGAGGAAACCUUGCAGAGGAUCGGCCUCCAGCCACACCUUCUGAGCUAAAGGGAAGAGGAGGUCAGGUCGCAGUGCUAUUAGAAAAACCAUUCUAGACAGUCCUGAUCAACGUGACUGUGACAAGCAGUACUGAAAUGUUUAUCCUCUCACUGGGGUUUGGCAAUAACUUGAGCUAUGACUGCUACAACGAUUUGAUUCAUUCAGUUCUGGUUUCUUGUGUAUCAGUGCAAGGAGGAACUCCUACGGUGACCCGUCGUUCUUCCUGAGAGCCCUUUGCCGACGCUGCACAGACUGAAUCCCUGUAAAUCCUUGUCCAUUGUGUUAGCUGAUGUCUGUAUGAAGCUUGACAUUGUUCACUGUAGCGAUGGCCGAGCAACUGCAAAGGUGAUUUAACAGCCUUUGCAAAGUGAACAGAAGCCAAAGGCUUGAGUGGAAAUCAACAAAAUAAAACUACAGAUGUCGCCAGUCAGCAUAAAGGCAUAGAUGUGAAAGUAUUAGGCAUGAGGCGAGAAAAACUGUUAACAUUUCAGGUCCAGAACCCUUCAUUAGAGUAGACAGAGAAAUAAGUUAGUGUGAGCAGCAGAGAUCUGAAACAUGGUUUCUUUCUCCUCAGAUGCUGCCCAACCUUCUGAGUGUUUCCAUUAUUUUCUGUUUACACUAAAGACCGAAAUGUAGACACUAAAUCAGAGUAAUUAUUGCAGCAUAUUUUGGAUUAAUUUUAUUACUAGAAAUUGGGUAUAAAGCAAAUGAACCUAGUUGACAACUCUGAUGUGGAUAGAUCCUGCAAGUUAUCAUCCCUAAUUCAGAGCCAUGAGCAAAUAGUUGAGGCUAAUAUUUAAGUGAAGCAGAGCCAGCCACCCUGUGGGAGGGUCACACUGUGGGAGGGGUGGUACUGAGGGAGAGUCACACUGGGAGGGGUGAUACUGAGGGAGAGUCACACUGUGGGAGGGGUGGUACUGAGGGAGGGUCACACUGUGGGAGGGAUGUUACUGAGGGAGAGUCACUCUGGGAGGGGUAGUACUGAGGAAGGGUCACACUGUGGGGCGUGGUGGCACUGACAGACGGUCACACUGUUGGUGGGUGGUACUGAUGGAGGGUCACACUGGAAGGGGUGGUACUGAGGGAGGGUCACACUGUGGAAGGGGUGGUACUGAUGGAAGACCACACUGUGGGAGGGGUGGUACUGAUGGAGAAUCACACUGUGGGAGGGGUGGUACUGAGGGAGGGUCACACUGUGGAAGGGGUGGUACUGAGGGAGGGUCACACUAUGGGAGGGGUGAUACUGAGGGAGGGUCACACUGUGGAAGGGGUGGUACUGAGGGAGGGUCACACUGUGGGAGGGGUGGUACUGAUGGAGGGUCACACUGUGGAAAGGGUGGUACUGAGGGAGAGUUGCCCUGUAGGAGAGGUGGUACUGAAGGAGGGUUGCCCAGUGGGAGGGGCGGUACUGACAGAGGGUCAUACUGAGAGGGGAGAUACUGAGGGAGUGCUGGGCUGUCAACUUGCCAUUUCUGUUAAGCUAUAAUCACUGUGGGGUGAUGAGGCAACGUGGGACGCUGUUUAUAUCUGUAAUGUUUUGGUUUGGUGCUGAAGUUUUGACUUAACAUUACUUGCAAUGAAGAAAACAUUUGUUUUAUUUUCUGUCCCAAUGGUGGCCUGAGUCAUGGUGCCAGUAAGCAGUCAUCUCCGUGGGCCUCCAGAACAAUGCACAAGCAGAAAUAUUUUCCUCAUGGAAAUUUUAAACAGUUCUGGAAAGUUUAAGCUCUCUACUCCUAAUUAUAGUUUUGUGGUUUGUUUUACAUCUCUCGAAAUACUGAAUGCAGAAUGGAAAUGUUUACAGUUCAUUUAGUUGGCACUGAUUAAUCAUUUUACCUCCCAGAAAUUCGAGCCUUUCUGAUACCUGAGAACAGAUCAUAUCCACAUUGCAAAUUAAGGCUUAGAAUAUAUAAAACCUACAGCACAAUGCAGGCCCUUCGGCCCACAAAGCUAUGAUGAACAUGUCCUUACCUUAGACCUACCUCGGCUUACCCAUAGCCCUCUAUUUUUCUAAGCUCCAUGUAGCUAUCCAGGAACCUCUUAAAAGACCCUAUCGUUUCCGCCUCCACUAACGCCUGUGGCAGCCCAUUCCACGCACUCACCACUCUCUGCAUAAAAAAAAAUCUACCCCUGACAUCUCUGUACCUACUUCCAAGCACCUUAAAACUAUGCCCUCUUGUGCUAGCCAUUUCAACCCUGAGAAAAGGCCUCCGACCAUCCACAUGAUCAAUGCCUCUCAUUAGCUUAUACACCUCUAACAGGUCACCUCUCAUCCUCCGUUGCUCCAAGGAGAAACAGCCAAGUUCACUCAACCUAUUCUCAUAAGGCUUGCUCCCCAAUCCAGGCAACAUCAUUGUAAAUCUCCUCUGCACCCUUCUGUGGUUUUCACAUCCUUCCUGUGGUGAGGCAACCAGAACUGAGCACAGUACUCCAAGUGUGGUCUGACCAGGGUCCUAAGUAGCUGCAACAUUACCUCUCGGCUCUUAAACUCAAUGCCACAGUUGGUGAAGGCCAAUGCACCAUAUGCCUCCUUAACCAGAGAGUCAAAGCAUAGCAGCUUUGAGUGUCCUAAGGACUCAGACCCUAAGAUCCCUCCGAUUUUCCACACUGCCAAGAGUCUUACCAUUAAUGUAAUAUUCUGCCAACAUACUUAAUCUAUCAAAAUGAACCACCUCACACUUAUCUGGGUUGAACUCCAUCUGCCACUUCUCAGCCCAGUUUUGCAUCCUAUCAAUGUCCCGUUGUAACCCCUGACAGCUCUCCACACUAUUCACAACACCCUUAACCUUUGCGUCAUCAGCAAAUCUGCUAACCCAUCCUUCCACUUCCUCAUCCAGGUCAUUUAUAAAAAUCACGAGAUGUAGUGGUCUCAGAACAGAUCCCUGAGGCACACCACUGGUCACCGACCUCCAUGCAGAAUAUGACCUGUCUACAACCACUCUUAGCCUUCUGUGGGCAAGCUAGUUCUGGAUACACAAAGCAAUGUCCCUUUGGAUCCCAUGCCUCCUUACUUUCCCAAUAAGCCUUGCGUGGGGUACCUUAUCAAAUGCUUUACUGAAAUCCAUACACAUUACAUCAAUGGCCCUAUCUUCAUCAAUGUGUUUAGUCAUAUCCUCAAAAAAUUCAAUCAGGCAGAGGGAUGGUCUGACGGAACAUGGAGUUAAAUGUGCAGAAAGAAUAAGUAAAUUUAGGAAGGACAACAAAAUUCAAGGGGCGUAUAGCCUGAUGGGAGUUCGGGGAGCUGGGUUAAGCACAAUAGGCAGCAAUUUAAACAGAGAGAGGAGAAAUGGGCUAAAAAUUCUAUAUCUGAAUGCACAAAAUGUCAGAAAUAAGGCGGAUGAGCUUGAAGCUCGGGCGCGAAUGGGUAACUAUAAUGUUGUUGGGAUAACAGAGACAUGGCUGCAGGGAGAUCAGACCUGGGAAAUGAAUGUACAAGGGUAUACAUGCUAUCGUAGGGACAGAAAUGUGGCAGAGGGGGUGGGGUGGCCCUGUUGGUGAGGAAUGAGAUUCAGUCCUUUGCAAGGGGGGACAUAGGAUCAGGAGAAGUGGAGUCUGUGUGGAUAGAACUGAGGAACAGUAAGGGCAAAAAGACCCUACUGGGUGUUGUCUACAGGCCCCAAACAGUAGCAUGGAUAUUGGGUGCAAGUUGAAUAGGGAGUUAAUAUUGGCAUGUGGCAAAGGUAAUGUCACAGUAGUUAUGGGGGAUUUCAACAUGCAGGUGAACUGGGAGAAUCAGGUUGGUGCUGGACCCCAGGAUAGGGAGUUUGUAGAGUGCCUACGGGUUGCAUUCUUGGAACAGCUUGUAUGAGAGCCGACCAGGGACAAGGCUAUUCUGGAUUUCGUGUUGUGCAAUGAACAGGAUUUGAUAAGCGAUCUUGAAGUAAAGGAGCCAUUAGGAGGUAGUGACCAUAAUAUAAUGUUUUUAUCUACAAUUUGAGAAGGAUAAGGGCAGAUCGGAGGUGUCAGUGUUGCAGUUGUACAAAGGAGGCUAUAGAGCCAUGAGGGAGGAGCUGGCCAAAGUUAAAUGGACGGAUAUCCUAGCAGAAAAGCCAGUGGAACAGCAAUGGCAGGUAUUCUUGGGAAUAAUGCACAAGGUGCAAAAUCAGUUCAUUCUUCGGAGAAGGAAGGAUUCAAAGGGGGGGAAGGGGCCACAGUGGUUGACAAAGGAAGUCAGAGAUUGCAUAGCAUUAAAAAAAAAGGAAGUAUGACAGAGCUAAGGUGAGUGGGAAGACAGAUGAUUGGGAAAUUUUUAAGAAACAGAACUUAACUAAAAAGGCAAUACAGGGAGAAAAAAUUAGGUAUGAACACAAGCUAGCCAGGAAUAUAAAGGAGGAUAGCAAAAGCUUUUUUAGGUAUGUGAAGAGAAAGAAGAUAGUUAAGAACAAUGUUGGGCCCUUGAAGAAUGAAUUGGGUGAAAUUGUUAUGGGAAACAGAAAUGGCAGAAGAAUUUAAUAAGUACUUUAGAUCUGUCUUCACUAGGGAAGACACAAGCAAUCUCCCAUAUGUAUGGAUGGGCCAAGGACAUAGGGUAACAGAGGAAAUGAAACAGAUUGACAUUAGGAAGGAAACGGUGAUGAGUAGACUAAUGGGACUGAAGGCUAACAAAUCCCUAGGUCCAGAUGGUCUGCAUCCUAGGGUACGAAAGGAGGUGGCUCUGGAAAUUGCGGAUGCAUUGGUAAUCAUUUUCCAAUGUUCCUUAGAUUCAGGAUCAGUUCCUGAGGAUUGGAGAAUGGCUAAUGUUAUCCCACUUUUUAAGAAAGGAGGGAGGGAGAAAACAGAGAACUAUCGUCCUGUCAGCCUAACAUCAGUAGUGGGGAAGAUGCUGGAGUCCAUUAUUAAAGAUGAAAUAGUGGCAUAUCUAGAUAGCAGUGAUAGGAUUGGGCCAAGCCUGCAUGGAUUUACCAAGGGCAAAUCAUGCUUGACUAAUCUAUUGGAGUUUUUCGAGGAUGUAACCAGGAAGUUAGACAAGGGAGAUCCAGUGGAUGUAGUGUACCUCGAUUUUCAGAAGGCAUUUGAUAAGGUCCCACAUAGGAGAUUGGUGGGUAAAAUCAGAGCUUAUGGCAUUGGGGGGAAGAUAUUGACAUGGAUAGAAAACUGGUUGGCAGAUAGAAAGCAAAGGGUAGCGGUGAAUGGGUGUUUCUCGGAAUGGCAGGUGGUGACUAGUGGGGUGCCACAGGGCUUGGUAUUGGGACCACAGCUGUUUACGAUUUACAUCAAUGAUUUAGAUGAAGGCAUUGAGAAUAACAUCAGCAAGUUUGCUGAUGAUACUAAGCUGGGUGGCAAUGUGACGUGAUGAGGAUGUUAGGAGAAUUCAGAGUGACUUAGAUAGGCUGAGUGAGUGGGCAGAUACUUGGCAGAUGACGUUUAAUGUGAAUAAGUGUGAGGUUAUCCACUUUGGGAGUAAGAACAGAAAGGCAGAUUAUUAUCUGAACGGUGUAUAGUUAGGUAAGGGAGAAAUACAAAGAGAUCUAGGAGUCCUUGUUCAUUAGUCACUGAAGGUGAAUGAGCAAGUGCAGCAGGCAGUGAAAAAGGCAAAUGAAAUGUUGGCCUUUAUUACAAAAGGAAUUGAGUACAAGAGCAAAGAAAUCCUUUUGCAUUUGUACAGGCCCUGGUGAGACCACACCUGGAGUAUUGUGUACAGUUUUGGUCUCCAGGGUUAAGGAAGGACAUCCUGGCUGUAGAGGAAGUGCAGCGUAGAUUCACGAGGUUAAUUCCUGGGAUAUCCGGACUGUCUUACGCAGAGAGGUUAGAGAGACUGGGCUUGCACACGCUGGAAUUCAGGAGGUUGAGAGGGGAUCUGAUUGCAACAUAUAAGAUCAUUAAGGGAUUAGACAAGAGGCAGGAAAUAUGUUCCAGAUGCUGGGAGAGUCCAGUACCAGAGGGCAUGGUUUAAGAAUAAGGGGUAGGUCAUUUAGGACAGAGUUAAGGAAAAAUUUCUUCUCCCAGAGAAUUGUGGGGGUCUGGGAUGCAAUGCCUCAGAAGGCAAUUCUCUGGAUGCUUUCAAGAAGGAGCUAGAUAGAUAUCUUAUGGAUAGGGGAAUCAAGGGAUAUGGGGACAAGGCAGGAACCAGGUAUUGAUAGUAGAUGAUCAGCCAUGAUCUCAGAAUGGCGGUGCAGGCUCGAAGGGCCGAAUGGUCUACCUCUGCACCUAUUGUCUAUUAACAACCACUGAAGUAAGACUCACUGGCCUAUAAUUUCUUGGGCUAUCUCUACUCCCUUUCUUGAAUAGGAGAACAACAUCCACAACCCUCCAAUCCUCCGGAACCUCUCCCAUCCCCACUUAUGAUGCAAAGAUCAUCGCCAGAGGCUCAGCAAAUCUCCUCCCUCGCUUCUCACAGUAGCCUGGGGUACAUCCCAUCUAGUCCCAGUGACUUAACCAACAUGAUGCUUUCCAAAAGCUCCAGCACAUUCUCUUCCUUAAUAUCUGUAUGCUGAAGCUUUGGAGUCCUUUUCGUAGUGCAUAAUGAAGCAAAAUAUUCAUUAAGUACCUCUGCUGUCUCCUCCAGUUCCGUACACACUUUUCCACUGUCACACUCGAUUGGUCCUAUUCUCUCAUGUCUUAUCUUCUUGCUCUUCACAUACCUGUAGAAUGCCUUUGGGUUUUCCUUAAUCCUGUCUGCUAAGGCCUUCUCAUGGCCCCUUCUGGUUCACCUAAUUUCAUUCUUAAGUUCCUUCCUGCUAGCCUUAUAAUCUUCUAGAUCUCUAUCAUUACCUAGUUUUUUGAGCCUUUUGUAAGCUCUUCUUCUUGACUAAAUUUACAAUAACCUUUGUACAUCACAGUUCCUGUACCCUGCCAUCCUUUCUCUGUCUCAUUGGAAUGUAUCUACGCAGAACCCCACUCAAAUAUCCCCUGAGCAUUUGCCACAUUUCUUUUGUAUGUUUCCCUGAGAACAUCUGUUUCCAAUUUAUGCUUCCAUGCUCCAACUUACUUAGAGGAUUUGUUUUAUUUCUAUUUGCGAGUGCCAACAAUAUUCUCAAUUUUCAGGAGCAAAUCUUGGGUGUGGGUCAAGAUAAAGCAGAACUGCUUUUGAACAGUAAACCAGAGAGAUUUGUAGAUAUUGCAAAGACAUUCUUAACAAGAAUAUAACAGGGUAUAUUAUGGUGAAAGGCAGCUGACAUUGUAGGUGUGUGUGAGAUGAUGAGAGUACCUUGAGUGAUUUAAUCAAAACGAGAAAAUCUGCAGAUGCUGGAUAUCUAAGCAACAUACAUAAAAUGCUGGAGGAACUCAGCAGGCCAGGCAGCAUC